AGGGAUCAGUAAAGUUCAUCUUAUCGUAUCCCAGCACCGCCUCUGGGUGUGAGAGCAGCAUCUGUCAGUGAUGAGAGGAAAGUUGUGCAGCUUCGGUCUCCUUCCGUCUGCAGUGGGAGAGGCGGCGUGACGUCAGCGAGUGGUGCAGGAAGAGGGGAGACAGAAAUGAGGGAGACGUCGGAGAGAGACACCACAAACACCACGACAAGGUAUGAUGAGCCGCAGCCCGAGUGCUGGCACUGAUAAGAAAGCAUGGGGCUCCGGCUCACUGGCAAGGGACAGCAGAGCCAUAGGAUGGUGAUCUUCGCUGCCAUCAUCAUCCUGAUGACACUCCUCAUCCUGUAUGGCUCCAACAACGUCAACGAGGCCACCUAUACUCCCUUCCAUGUGGCUACAAAUCAUGCCAUCAAGACUACAGACCUGAAGAAAUGGUCCGGGAGAGAUGGUUAUGUACCAUUUUAUGGGAACAAGACUAUGAAUCUGCACUGCCAUAACUGUGCGCUGGUCACGAGCUCCAGCCAUGUCCUGGGUAGUCGAGCAGGAGAGGAGAUCGACCAUACAGAGUGUGUUAUUCGCAUGAACGACGCCCCCACGUUGGGCUACGGCUCUGAUGUGGGAAACCGAACGACUCUGAGGGUCGUAGCACACUCCAGUGUGUUCAGGGUGGUCCGAAGGCCCAAUGAGUUUGUCUCCCGCACAGACAGCAACCCUGUAAUGAUCUUCUGGGGACCCCCGAACAAGAUUGGGAAGGAGGCCAAAGGAACCUUGUAUAGGUUGAUCCAGAGAUUCAGCAUGACCUACAGCAACUUGUCUUGUUUCAGUGUCGCAUCGAGCAAGAUGCGCAGAUUUGACAAUCUGUUUCACAGAGAAACAGGACGAGAUAGGCAAAAAUCUCACUCAUGGUUGAGCACAGGCUGGUUCACAAUGGUCAUAGCCAUUGAGAUUUGUGACAACAUCAAAGUAUAUGGGAUGGUUCCACCCAAUCACUGCGGCAGAAAACCUGGAUCCAAGAAGAUGCCGUACCACUACUACAAACCCAGGGGGUCUGAUGAAUGUGUAACAUACAUACAGAAUGAGAGCAGCCGAAGAGGAAACCACCACCGCUUUAUCACAGAAAAACAGGUGUUUGCACGCUGGGCAAAGCAAUACAACAUCACCUUCACUCAUCCAAAAUGGUGAAAAGACAGAGAUGUCUGCAUUCACAGGAGUCGGAGUGAGCACUAUGGGCUGGAUUUCACUGCAACUUCCCCAAAUGUGACGUUAACUGGCCUCACACUGGAUGACGACUACUUUCAGGAACUGCCACUGGGGUAAUAAAAGCAUUUGGAAAAGUCUAAAAUUGGACCUAAUGACUAAGGAGAGAUAUGGGAAUGUUUUCUGUUGCAGACAAGUGUGGAAACUCAUUUUGAGAGGUUUCUGAAGUACUGCGUAUAUUCCACAUUGAUUUGUGGGCGUAAUCUGGCAAGUGUUUUUGUAAAUAGAAAAUGAAUUUAAAAAAGAUUUUUUUACAUCUUUAUAAUAUUUUUGUUAUGUGCUGAAAAUGACGUUAUGUUUCCCAUGCUGAGGAGGGGUCACAUCAGCAGGCACCUCUAAAUAAGUGGCCUACAAAACAGACUCUAAAUAGCUCUUAUAUGUCUAUUACACAGAGAUGAUAUUCAGCAGACUGUGCAGCCAGAGCCAGCAAACCACUAAUUCAGUCUACAAAUAAUCUACUGGGCCUUUUGAUACAGUACAGAAGCAGUUCCUGAACCAAUACCAAAACAGUAUUUUAACUUAAUUUGAAUAUAUAUAAUUUAAUGUAUCAGUUGCAUGUUUUAUGUCUAAACGCAAAGCAGCCAGACAGUAACUAAACAUGUGUCUGAACUGUGAUUUAAAUCAGGAAACAGCAGAUUCAGUGCCAGCUUAUAGUAUUAUACAGGUUUUUUUGUUUGUUUUUCUUAACUCGGUGCUGCAUGUGCAUUCUGACUAGUACCCAAAACAUUGGCAAAGUUAACCUCUGGUCAAAAGAUGUCAUAUGAAGUGUUGAAGAGAUUUUAUCUGUGUUGAGUUAACAUUGACGAAACAAGACAUAAGUAUUGGACAUAUCCAGCUUGCAUAAAUUAUACAGCACUAAAAUUUUUUUCUAGAAACACCGUCACAUUAUGCAGAGUUCUUUGGUUAUUUUUGGUCGGUUCAUCUAAAAACAUAGUGAUAUAGUGAAGAUACUACUACAGCAUCAUAACAAGAAAAUUUGAUCCUUAACCCUUUUACUUUAGUGGCAUUGCAAUGCAUGCAGACUCAUUUCAAACUGUCCCCAGAAUGCAUCCUGGUUGUUCUAUGAUUCAAAGAUCAGUUGAAGUGGAGAAGGGUGCAGUUACUUAAAAAUGUGCUGCUUUUCGCAAAUAAAUAGUCUGCAAAAAUAUUUCUUGACAGCAUUUGUGCUCAGGAGAUGCUAUUAUCACUGUGCACGCAAUGUGCUUCAGUUUAGUUAUGAUUGGAAGCCUGCACUGUUUAUUUGAAAUAACUGGUCGAUAAUUAAAGGGGAGAAAAUACAGUUUAACCAAGCUUAAAUUGCCUGCUAUUGAGAUAACAUCCGGAAACAUUAAAACGACUGAAUUUUAUAUAAUGCAAAUUUUGUACCACAUUCAGCAUCUUUAACACAGAAGGGGACAUACUAAACUACAGUUUUGUGGGUAUACAGUAGGCUCAAAACAAAAACACAAACUGAUUAAAGCUAUCAUGAAGUAGGAUUUCCUGCAGGGGACUAUUGUAUUAGACUACAUGAGUUUUCACACGCUGCACCUAAUGCUAAGCUUAUUGACAAGGACACAUUGUUGCCUCACAGAUACCCUAAAACAACACUGCAGGCUAAUUUUAGUCCUCUGAACCCCAAGUGAUUUCUGGCAGUUUUUUUUUAUCUCUUCACAUUUUUACUCACUGUGGGCUCAUUUUUCAUUGCAAUGUAAAGUUCUGCACUUCUAUGUAAACAGAACAACCAUGAGAAGAAGCAGAAAGAACUCAAAAAUGUGCAGCACAACAAGGUCAUAAUGCUAUAAAUUAUAUAUUUAAAAAAAAACACAAAAAUUAUUGUACAACAUUUUUCCAAGUUACCACAGGUGCUACCAAUACUUAAACAGAACUGGUGUUGUGCAUACUAUAGAUAUUUUACUUUUUAUAUUUUUAAUUUGCUAGCAUACUUGCACUUGAGCCAAAAAGUCCCUGAACUUUUUUCACUUUUUUUAAAAAUUUAUUUUUUUUUACUGAAUCUGUUAAGAACCAGAUUUCAUGUCUUUCAAACCUGCCAGUCAGUUUUGGGGUUCAGAGGGUUAACCUGAGAGAAUGAAAAGUUAAUAUGAAGGUUUGAUAUAUGCAGCAUGCUUUGCUGAUGGAAUGUGAUUGCACCGGAAAGACAUUUUGAGAGCCGUAAAGUCAUUAAGCGUCCCGCUAGAAAAUGUUCCAAUUUUUAAAUAAGCAGAUGGGCCACUUUCUCUUCAAUGUACUUGACCUAUUUGUCCAAAAACCUGGAACUUAAACACAGAAGUUCAAUGCCAUUUGUUUAUCCAUGUUGUGUUGCUCUCAACACCAUUUUUCAUGAAAAAUUCUGUACCGUAUAUCAAAAAACAAGUCAAGUCAGUUCAAGCAUGUGGGAUAGAGUUUGUAUUUAAAUAUGUACAAUUUGUUGAGUCAUUUAGAAACAAAGAAGAUGAGCUAACAUCAAAGCACUAAUGGGUUAUUAUUGUGUUUACUAGAGGCAAUGCCAAAAACUCCAGUUAUGGACAACCUCAAGGUAAAUACCAGUUAGAUGAUUCAUUUGCCAGCAUGUCUUUCUUUACUUUGCUCCGUCGCUAGUUCUUUAAUUAAACAUUGGAAACACCUGAAAAGGCAGCUGAGAUCUUCUGCCUCAGCCCUGCCAUGGAAAUUAAGAUGGCCUCCUGUUGACAACACAAAGGAAACAGUUUAAUGUACACACUGGUGAGAACCAGCAACUUGCAGAGCAUUUUUACUGUACAAACAAUGCCAAUCUGUCUUGUCACACAAUGCUUUAAGAACAGAUACUGUAUGUUUGUCCUCACCUCUGUACGAAUAGUUCUGCUGCCCUGAUCAGGGCAUGUGUUGAGGUACAGGUCGAAUAAAACACUGGGGUCAGACACAUCCAGGUUUUGGUCAGCGUCUACGCUGGCUUCCAAUCCCUGAAGACCUCCAAAAACGACCAAAAGAUGUCUAAAAAGGGAAUAAUUCACUUUAGUUCUGUAUCAUUUAAGCAAAAUGGUGCUUUGAGCUAAAUACUAAUGCCAGCAUGCUUACAUACACACAAUAAAAAUGACAACGUGCAAAUCUUUUUAAGAAUAUGGCAACAAUGUUUAGUAUCUUAAUUUAGCAUGUAAGGAUGCAAACAAUUAAAGAUAUUUCAAGGAUUGGAAGUAUACUGAAA